AUGGCGCAGUAUAUGGAGGAGCUGACGGAGCCGACGGCGCUGAAGAUCAAAGCCGACUGCCACGGCGCCACCUACCCGGUGGGCGGGUUCCGCGUGCAGCCCUCCGGCUGCGUGGUGACCAGCCUCUUCCCGGAGCACGCCGACCGCAUCCGCGACUUCGAGGUGCGGCCCUCCGACAUCUGGAUCGUCUCCUACCCCAAGUGCGGAACCACGUGGACGCAGGAAAUGGCGUGGCUGAUCGCCAGUGGUGCGGAUUUCAAAGGCGCCAAGGAACGUGCCCUCAACGAACGGGUGCCCUUCUUGGAGAUAAUGACCAUUGGAAGUUUGCCAGAUGAUGUGAUUACCGAAUUCUUCCGGAUCAUCCACGAAGACAACUCUGAGAUGCCUCGCGUCUUUAAGACCCAUCUGCCACGUGAUCUUCUCCCCCGUCAGUUGUGGACGAAGAAACCUAAGAUUAUCUACGUAUCUCGAGAUCCUAAGGACGCAGCCUUAUCUUACUACCACCAUCACCGCCUCUGGAACGGUUACGUGGGCACUUUAGAUGACUUCCUGGAGGCUUUCUUGGAUGACACACUAUUGUACAGCCCAUUCUGGGAGCAUAUUCUGGAGUUCUGGAAGUUACGACAUGAGCCAAAUGUGUUGUUCAACACAUUCGAGGAGAUGAAAAAGGACUUGCCCGGGGUGAUCCGCCGCACGGCCAACUUCCUGGAGCAGCCGCUGUCCGAGGAGCAGGUGACCGCCCUGGCCACGCACCUCAGCUUCGCCAGCAUGCGCGACAACCCCGCCGUGAACAACGAGCGCUUCGCCAGCCAGGAGCGCAACAACCGCCAGGACCCCAACCUCAAGUUCAUCCGCAAGGGGGAGGCCGGCGGCUGGAAGAGCAGCAUGCCGCCGCACUACGUGGCGCGCUUCGACGCCUGGACGGCGGACAAGCUGCGCGGCUCCGACUUCCCCGGCGCGCCCGCCGAGUGA